AUGGCCAUAAGAGCGCUGCUCCGCUCAGUGGAAGCUGACCUCCGCACCGGGCUUCUCGCCCUCCAGUGGCGGGCCGAGCGGAGCGGAGCAGUGAAGCUGGGGAAAAGCCGGUUUCGGUCAGGCAAAGAUUUGACUGAGACCUCCGACCACCAAGAAGGUGAACUGCAGGACUUGAGCUCAGAGCCCUUGUCCUUGGCGGUGCCGCAACUCCGCGAGGACGACUCGCCGCCGGCGCUGCGUCUCCAGAGUCUCCUACAAGGUCUCUCGUUCAACGUGGAGGGCCAGACGUGGUCCAACAGCAUCGCGGAGACGCCGAAGGCGGAGAUCGAACGCCUCAAGAGCGCCAGCCGUCGCGCCGAGCACGGCGACGUCGCCGGCCCGUCGGCGUCCGCGUCGCCCGCGGCGAACGCGUCCGCGGACGAGAAGACCUCGUAG